GCUGACAUUAUUUGCGUACCACGGGAAACACGUGAUCUGAGCAACAGUGGAAGUUUGUUACGUUUUGUUUUGUUAUUCUGACACGACUUUCUUUUUUUUGUUGCUAUGAUUCUUUAAUUUAUAUCGACCGAAUAUUUUACCAUGAGCAAAGAGAGGCGACACAAGAGGAGGGAGUCUCCUGAGCGGGAGACUAAAGUCAAAAUAAAGCAGGAAAGAUUGAGUCCUGUUAGGCCACAGAGAACACGCCGUUCCCGCUCCAGAUCCAGCGGUAGCUCCAGUCCACCGAGGAGAAGAACCAGCAGAUCGCCUAUGAGGACGAAGGAGCGACGCCAAGCUUCGCCCGCCGCUCGCAGCAGGUCUCCCAGACACAGAAGAAGCCGCAGUCCACACCGCGGCGCCGAGCUCACGAUCAAACGCGAGCGAGAUGUGCAACGGAGUGGUGAUGAGAGGAGGAGAAAAAAUGACCCCGCAGAAGAGAGGAGGAGCAAAUGGGAAACAGACAGGUCUCGUGACAGAGGAAGAGAGGGAGACCGGUCACGAGACAGAAUGAAGUCACAUGACCAAAAUCGUGGCCGAGAGAGGAGGGGGGACAGAGAUGCAUUUGCGUCCCAGCAGGCCGAGCGGCAGCAGCAUGACGAGCGGCGGAGGGAACACCGUCAAAGACGUGAGGAAAACCAAGAACAUGAGUUUGGGGAAACUGGUGAAACUGAGGAAAACAGUGAGGGCUCAGCUCCUGUUGACAAAGAGAAGCCAAACUUUGAGCUGUCUGGAGCUCUUACAGAAGACACAAACACAUUCAGAGGAGUGGUCAUCAAAUACAACGAACCACCAGAAGCCCGUAUUCCUAAGAGGAGAUGGCGGCUCUACCCCUUUAAGAAUGAUGAGCCCCUCCCGGUCAUGUACAUUCACAGGCAGAGUGCCUAUCUGAUGGGACGAAUGAGAAGAAUUGCUGAUAUUCCCAUUGACCACCCAUCGUGCUCAAAGCAGCAUGCAGUUUUUCAAUACAGACUGGUAGAGUACACUCGUGCCGAUGGCACCUCUGGCCGGAGGGUGAGACCAUACAUCAUCGACUUGGGCUCUGGCAACGGCACAUACCUGAACAACCAGCGCAUUGAGCCCCAGCGCUUCUAUGAACUCAAGGAGAAGGACGUGCUGAAGUUUGGCUUCAGCAGUAGAGAGUACGUCCUACUGCACGAGUUCUCUGACACCAGCGAAGUGGAUUCCCAGCAGCGUGAGGAGGAGGAUGAAGACGAGGGGGUUGAUGAGGCAGGCCAAGAGCCAAAUGAGUGAUUCGUUGUACUUUCUCUCUGAAAGUGGAAUUACAUAAUGGCUGGUUAGUAUGCUCCCUAAUGGCCUAAACCUGCCACAGCUGUCUCAAAGAAGACUUCUACUUCUCAGGUUGUAUAGUAGACUACAUUUGGUGCCACAUAAAUCAAAAUGUAUAUUUUUGGACCUUGGCACCACUGUCUAACGGACCGGAAAUAACUACAAUUGCUGUUCAUUCUCAUUUGUACAUAAUGUAUGGAAUGUAACCCUUAUUGUCACACUUUACGUGAUCAAUGUUGUUUUUUUUGCAAGGUAGCUGUGGUCUGUCCCUUCACAGUGGAGUACUUAAGGCUUGCUCUUUUAUUUUGGUCCACUUGGGCAUUGUAAAUUAGAAUUUUGUUACUAUAAAUAAACCAGUGGAACAUUUUU